CAUUGAUCAAAGAAGACGCUUACAACUUUGAAGAAGAUAAUCGACGCACAUCGACAAAUUUUCAACACAUCAGGUUUUUUUCUUUAGACUAACCUACAACUACAACAAAAACAAAAUGGCAGAUGAUGCAGCAGAGAAUGAAAUCCUCGACUAUGAAGAUGAAGCAGAAACAACAACUGAAGCCGCUGGUGGGGAUGUGGUAGCAAAGAAAGAUGUAAAGGGAACCUACGUCUCUAUUCACAGUUCUGGUUUCCGAGAUUUCUUGUUGAAACCUGAAUUGUUGAGAGCUAUUGUAGAUUGUGGUUUUGAACAUCCUUCUGAAGUUCAGCAUGAGUGUAUUCCACAGGCCAUCUUAUCUAUGGAUGUUUUAUGUCAGGCCAAGUCUGGUAUGGGUAAAACAGCUGUAUUUGUCUUGGCAACUCUCCAACAAUUAGAGCCAGUCGAUGGACAGGUAUCUGUUUUGGUAUUGGCUCAUACAAGAGAAUUGGCUUUUCAAAUCAGUAAGGAAUAUGAAAGAUUCAGUAAAUAUAUGAACAAUGUAAAGAUUGCUGUAUUUUUUGGUGGAAUGAACGUAAAGAAAGAUGAAGAGGUUCUGAAGAAGAACUGUCCACAUAUUGUAGUUGGUACUCCUGGACGUCUACAAGCUCUGAUUAGAAGUAAAUCUCUCAGUUUAAAACAUGUCAAACAUUUUAUAUUGGAUGAAUGCGACAAAAUGUUGGCUGAACUCGACAUGAGAAGAGAUGUUCAAGAAAUCUUCAGAAUGACCCCCCACGAGAAACAAGUUAUGAUGUUUAGUGCUACCCUCAGUAAAGAUGUCCGACCAAUCUGUAAAAGAUUUAUGCAAGAUCCGAUGGAAGUUUACGUUGAUGAUGAUUCUAAACUAACUCUACACGGUCUGCAGCAACAUUACGUUAAAUUGAAGGAUAACGAGAAGAAUCGUAAAUUAUUUGAACUUUUGGAUGUUUUGGAAUUUAAUCAGGUGAUAAUAUUCGUCAAGAGUGUACAAAGAUGUAUGGCCCUAGCUCAGUUACUUCAAGAACAGAAUUUCCCUGCUAUAGCUAUACAUAGAGCCAUGACACAGGAAGAAAGAUUGUCGAGGUACCAGCAGUUUAAAGAUUUUCAGAAACGUAUUUUAGUGGCUACUAAUUUAUUUGGUCGUGGUAUGGAUAUUGAAAGAGUUAAUAUUGUAUUUAAUUAUGAUAUGCCUGAAGACUCAGACACUUAUCUUCACAGAGUAGCUCGUGCUGGAAGAUUUGGUACGAAGGGUUUAGCUAUAACUCUGAUCUCUGAUGAAAAUGAUGCCAAGAUUUUAAACGAUGUACAAGAGAGAUUUGAAGUCAACAUAACUGAAUUACCUGAUGAAAUCGACAUCUCUUCUUACAUUGAAGGAAGAUAAAUUAAAGUGCUGUAACAUCUUGGAGUACUAAUUUGUAAAAUUCACCAAUAGGUGGAAAUUGUUUUUAUUUUUAUCAAGUAGCAAGGGAAUAUAGUCUACUAUAAAAACAUUUUAAUUUCAUUUUUUCAUGUACAAAGUUUUAUGUAACAUUAAUCAUUCUGUCUGUAAAUAAAUCAUCUCAAUUUUA